CACUGGUCCUCAGCUUCUGCCAUGGCAAUAUUGAUUCGUCCUGAGCCUAGGGGAAGACCGAGAAGGAACUCUCGGGGCCUCGGAGGUGGUGGUGUACUUUUGACAACUAGGGGCCUCGGAAAGAGAGCGCGCCUUUAGUUUGGACGAAGGGACACAGUGGUCUUUAAGGCGCGCCUCGUCCGGUGUUGAGAAUCGUCGGGCACCAUCGAGGGUCGAGAGUAACUCGGUGCUUGUGAUUUUCCUCUCGGGCGGGCAGGAGCACUUGAGCUUCUCGGGAGGGUGACAGACUUUGAGGUUGUUAGCGCUAGCGUUGGCGUUGGUGACAGUUCGGCAGGACGGUACGAUCCGCGAGGUCGCCGGACUCGGCAGAAUGUAGAUGAGCAGACAAAUCUUGGUGUUGUGUGCCGGGCUUGGUUCUUUUCACGCGUCGCAUCAGUGAAGUGCGAAAUUGCGGAUUAGCCACAAUGACGGACACAACGGAUGAUAUCGCGGAGGAGAUUUCUUUCCAAGCUUAUGAUGAUGACUGCCAUCUUCUUGGGAAUCUGCUCAACGAUUGCCUCAUGCGAGAAGUCGGUCCGGACUUCACUGAGAAAGUGGACCGCGUGCGACUCUUGGCGCAGAGUGAGUGCAACAUGCGUCUGGCAGGAGUAACGGAUGCAGCUGAUUAUCUGUCGACGCAGCUGGAGAAAGAAGUGUCAACCAUGGAGUUGGAAGAUGCGGUGCCUCUUGCGAGAACGUUCAGUCAUUAUUUGAAUCUCAUGGGAAUUGCAGAAACUCACCAUCGCGUACGAAGAACGAAAUUGCCGGGUCACAUGUCGAAGUCCUGCGACGAUGUCUUCCAGAAGCUGAUUUCAUCGGGGGUAUCCGCGGACGAACUUUAUCGUGCAGUGUGCGAUCAGGAGGUUGGAAUUGUCCUGACAGCUCAUCCGACGCAGAUCAACAGAAGAACUAUACAAUACAAAUUCUUGAGAAUCGCCCAUCUCUUGGAGAGGAAUGAUAGGACGGAUUUGACUCAUGAAGAUAAGGACUUACUGAUCGAAGAUCUGGUGAGGGAGAUUACUUCUUUGUGGCAAACCGAUGAACUAAGACGCCGUAAGCCAACUCCUGUUGACGAAGCUCGGGGAGGUCUGCACAUUGUGGAACAAUCUCUAUGGAAAGCUGUGCCACACUAUCUCCGCCGUGUCAGCAAUGCUCUUAAGAAGCAUACUGGAAGAUCAUUACCAUUAACAAGUACUCCCAUCAAAUUUGGAUCUUGGAUGGGUGGUGAUAGAGAUGGCAACCCAAACGUUACUGCAAAGGUUACGAGGGACGUUUCCUACCUUGCGAGGUGGAUAGCUGCCGACUUGUAUUUACGAGAGGUUGACGGUUUACGUUUCGAACUGUCCAUGAGUACUUGCAGUGACAAGCUUGCGCAGUUUGCCUACAAUAUCCUGGCACACGAGCAGCAGGUACAUGACGAUCAUCAUGUCAGCUGGUUCAAUCAGCGGCAGAAGAAACAUUCUGAUCAUGUCGACAUUCCUGGACAUCCUCUCCCUUAUCAUAUACCCUUCGGAGCAGAUGUGCCUGGUUUCACGGGUAAUGCCAAUGAUGGAGAGGCAGAUCUAGAGAUGCCUCUUCUUGAGCUUCCAUUGACGGACGGCGAGUAUAGGACGGCAGACAUAAUGGGUUACGGUCUUAUCGCGAAAGCGACUCCUUCGCUUCCCAAAGCAGAGGGUUUAGGUCUGCAGCCUCUGAAAAUUUCAUCUCCUCACUCAUCAACUCCUACAACACCGAAGGGGCUAGCAAAAUCUGGUUCUUUCAAGAAAAAAUCUUCUUCCGAAUCCAACUUGAAUAAGUCCAGUGUGGACAGGCUGUUGCAUCCAAGUUUGAGCGGGCGCCCUGAUAUUGCUCCUUACAGGAUAGUUCUGGGUCAUGUAAGAGAAAAGCUUGUGAACACCCGCCGGAGAAUGGAGAUGCUGUUAGAGGGCUUGACAUGCGAUUUCGAACAAGACGAGUACUACGAAUCCACGGAGGACCUUCUGGAGCCGCUCCUUUUGUGUCAUGAGUCCAUGGAAACGACUGGAUCCGAAGUCUUGGCAGAUGGCCGCAUCGCCGAUCUUAUAAGGCGCAUCUCUACAUUUGGAAUGACUCUUAUGAAACUAGACGUGCGGCAGGAAUCCGACAAGCAUACGGAAACUUUAGAUGCAAUAACGGAGUAUCUCGGUAUGGGCACAUACAGUGAGUGGGAUGAAGAGAGGAAGAUAAGAUUUCUCACCCAGGAGCUGAGAGGCAAAAGACCACUUGUCCCACCGUCAAUAGAGGUGACACCGGAGGUUCAGGAAGUGCUAAACACUUUCCGUGUCGCAGCUGAGCUUGGUUCACAGUCUCUCGAAGCUUACAUUAUUUCCAUGGCUUCAGAGGCCAGUGAUGUGCUUGCCGUAGAGCUAUUGCAGAAGGAAGCUCGUCUUGUUGUGGCAGGAGAGCUUGGAAGACCAUGUCCAGGGACAACGUUGCGUGUGGUACCAUUGUUUGAAACCGUGAAAGAUUUACGGGAUGCGGGAACGGUUAUUCGGAAGCUGCUCGGCAUCGACUGGUACAGGGAGCAUCUGAUUGCAAAUCACAAUGGACAUCAAGAGGUCAUGCUGGGUUACUCUGACUCGGGCAAAGACGCAGGAAGAUUUACUGCCGCUUGGGAGCUAUACAAAGCGCAGGAAGAUGUGGUCAAAGCAUGCCAGGAAUUUGGCAUCAAGGUAACAUUAUUCCAUGGUCGGGGAGGAAGUGUGGGACGUGGUGGAGGUCCUAUGUAUUUGGCUAUACAGUCGCAACCACCCGGCUCUGUCAUGGGUUCGCUGCGUGUUACCGAACAAGGUGAAAUGGUUCAGGCAAAAUUCGGUCUCGCCCAGACAUCCGUUCGACAGUUGGAAAUCUACACUACAGCUGUACUUCUCGCAACCUUGCAUCCUCCGGAUCCCCCACGCUCACCCAACUGGAGAAAUGUCAUGGAACAUAUUUCGGAGGUAAGUUGUCAGAACUAUCGGAAUAUUGUCUUCCAUAACGAGCAAUUCUUGCAGUACUUCCAUGAAGCCACACCGGAGGCAGAACUAGGAAACCUCAACAUCGGAAGUCGACCAACCCGAAGGAAGAAGACUGGUGGUGUCCAGCAACUCCGAGCCAUACCUUGGAUUUUCGCCUGGACACAAACGCGGUUGACUUUGCCCGCAUGGCUUGGAGUAGGAGCAGGAUUAGACGCUGUUAUUGCCAAAGGGGACCGUGAUGAGUUGCAGGCCAUGUAUCGUGAGUGGCCAUUUUUCCAGUCGACAAUCGAUCUGAUAGAGAUGGUGCUCGCCAAGGCAGACAUUCCCAUUGCAAAGCAUUAUGAUGAAGUGUUAGUUUCACCAGAACGGCAACAACUUGGAGCCGAGAUUCGGGAAGCUUUUCACACCACAGAAAAAUGUGUUCUGGAAGUUAGUGGGCACCACAAGCUUUCGGAGAAUAACAAGACGCUGCGUCGGUUGAUAGAAAGUAGAUUAGCGUACUUGAACCCAAUCAACAUGCUUCAGGUAGAAAUUCUUCGGAGACUGCGACAGGAUGAGAACAAUCCCAAACUCAGAGACGCUCUCCUCAUCACUAUCAACGGAAUUGCUGCUGGAAUGAGGAAUACUGGUUAAGCAUGUUUCUCAAGAACCGGACUGGAAGCAAGGGACCGUCUACUCUAGGACGCUUGAGCGUGAAGACUAUUUCACUCUGGAAUUGACGACUUAAUUUUUCUUCUAGGAUCUCACUUAUAAUGGGACGUUGUUACAUGUGAUGUAUUCGUUAAUGUGGGAUUCUGCCUUGGCGACAGUUCCUGGACAUAAGCACAUAGCUACUCCAGUGGCCACGCUGUUGUAAGGAGGUGGAUGUGUGCGUGGCUUCUACUCUAGAUUCAACUGCAUAAAUGGGUUGAAGCUAUUUCCAUGUCUGAAAUAAUGCUUAUUUCUUGUCUCACUCAAAUCCAGCUUCCUUUGCUGAAGCUCCCUCGAACACGGAGGGGUCAUUAGCAGAAGCUUUGCUGCAUCAUGAAAGCACGUACGAUCAUCCAUCCAUCUUCAGAUAUAUAGAAGUCAUCAUCCUACAUAUGUGUCAGGUGUGCACGGGGAAAAAUGGAUGACAGCUGUACACAUCACAUUUUGAGGAAAAGAUGGAAAUGAUCAAAACAAGAUUUGAUAGGU